GGUCCUUCCAUCGUCAACACCGGAACAACACGUGAACAGAAGAGGGUCAGGAUGGGUCGCUCCUCAAAAGACAAGCGGGAUAUUUACUAUCGCCUGGCCAAAGAGGAGGGCUGGAGAGCGAGGAGCGCCUUCAAGCUGCUGCAGCUGGACCAGGAGUUCAACUUGUUCACAGGAGUGAACAGAGCGGUGGAUCUGUGUGCGGCUCCUGGCAGCUGGAGUCAGGUCCUCAGUCGGAAACUCAGAGGGCUGGAGGAGAAAGGGGAGAAGGUCGAGGAGGUGAAGAUCGUGGCGGUGGACCUGCAGGCCAUGGCUCCUCUGCCGGGAGUCACCCAGAUCCAGGGAGACAUCACCAAGGUGUCCACAGCUCAGGAGAUCAUCCGUCACUUUGAGGGUCAGCCGGCUGAUCUGGUGGUGUGUGACGGAGCUCCAGACGUAACCGGUCUCCAUGACGUGGACGAGUACAUCCAGGCUCAGCUCCUAUUGGCCGCUCUGAACAUCACAUCUCACGUCCUGAAACCUGGAGGGACGUUUGUGGCCAAGAUUUUCAGAGGUAAAGACGUGACUCUGCUGUACUCCCAGCUCAAGCUCUUCUUCGGUGGUGUGACCUGCGCCAAGCCCCGCAGCAGCAGGAACUCCAGCAUCGAGGCCUUCGUCGUGUGUCAGAAUUACUCUCCUCCUGAAGGCUACGUCCCCAACAUGUCCAACCCUCUGCUGGAUCACGCCUACGACGUGGACUUCAACCAGCUGGAGGGUCCGAACCGCGUCAUCGUUCCCUUCCUGGCGUGCGGCGACCUCAGCGCCUUCGACUCCGACCGGACGUACCCUCUGCAGCUGGACUCUGGUAAACAGUACGAGUACACCCCCCCCACGCAGCCCCCGAUCUGCCCCCCCUACCAGCAGGCCUGCCACCUCCGAAAAAACAACCUGCUGUCCAGAGAGGAUGCCAAACGUCCCGACCAGAACCAGGACGAGACGGGUCCAACAGCCGAGUCCAACUCAUCCGUCUGACAGCUGCUGAUCUGUGGGGAAAGUUACACAGCUUUUAAAUGGAACAGUUUGAUAUUAUGAGAUAGUGUCUUCUUUUCUGUCUGACAAGAAGAUAGACAUUUGUUUCAUUUCCGUCCAUUACAGAGGCCCAAGCAUGUUUAGCUUAGCAUAAAGACUGCUAGCCAUUCCCUGCAUCCAGUCUUUGUGCUAAGCUAGGCUAAACAUGCGCAGGACUGUUUGCUGUACUUGGUAUUUUUAAAGUCCUGGGAGUACGUGUUUACCACAUUUGUCAGAUUUUAUGUUCCAGUAUCUUUGGACAAAUCUUUCAUCCACCAUGGUUGAGGAACUAUAAGCAUUUUGUAUUUUAACAAUAAAGUCAUUUCUUUGAGGCGAACCAACAUGGUGGUAUUUUCAGUGUUAUUAAACCCUGCAUUAUGUUCUUUGUCUGUCAUGCAAUUCUUCAUGCUUUUCUAAAUAAAACAGCCCUGCCUAAUGCCUAA